GUCCUUGCGUAUGUCCGUUCUCUCUCCUACCGGUUUACUGCAUCAUGUAAAAUAAAAACCGUCAUCGAGACCAGCGGUUUCUUUUUUACCACUUACGUUGGAAACUGUACCACUAGUAGUGAAUCAACGUAAAAUCUGCAUAGAAGAGGAUCACGUGUACCAUGCAGCAGAAGCGUUGUGGCUUGAAACCCCCGAAGCAACGCUCUCUCACUAAUUGCUGUCUGCUCCCUUCAACGAACGGUAAGUUUCACCAUGGCUCCUCUGUUUCAGCAUCUUUCCGCUACGGAGAUCAGCUCCCGUCAUCAAACACAAUAGUGCAGACUGUUUAAAUUGGUCCCUGUUCGCUUGUCGCUUGCUCAUCUCUUUUCUCGUCUGCGUGUUUCAUCUUGUUAUUCAAUCGUGUUUUUGACAUGUCUCAAAAGGUACGAGUAACCAAUUAGAAACAUAAAAGUUAAGAAAACUAUCAACAUGCAAAUUUUUGUCGGAUCCAACGCAUACGAGGUUGACCCCUCCACCUCUGUCGAAGCCCUCAAGCUUCAAAUCGAGAACGCUGAAUUCGUUCCUGCUCACCAGAUCUGCCUCAUGAACGGAGCCGAUGAGCUCGAAGAAGGUACCCUUGAGACCAACGGUGUCGAAGGUGAUGAUGCCCUUGAGAUGAGAAUGGCCGUCACCUCGGGUAUGCGUAAGAAGUGGAAGAAGAAGCGCAUGCGUCGCCUUCGACGCAAGCGCCGCAAGAUGCGUCAACGAGCCCGUUAAACACGCACAAAUGAAUUUCAUUCGUCCUCAAGGCUCGGCGUUGGGGGGAGGUUAGCAUAGUAUGGGGCGAGUUAGGCUAUGUACCUCCCUGCCUAAAAAGUGGAUUUAGACAUAGUUAAGGUUGGAUUACUAUUUAGCUAUCCGGUUCAUUCUUUACAUGUUUCUUCAUCUUUAAUCUUWACAGUAUUAUGCGCAUUACACUGCGGUGCAAAUCUGUUUUUCAUGUGGAUGCUGCUGCAGGUGUUGUCUAGGACGGCGCAUAGACCGCUUGCCGAAUGAAAACUCCGUACACCGUGAAGGAUAAACAAACGGUCCGUCGGGUCGGAGACCACAGCAGUAGUUCCUUCCAUGAAAAAWUUAUCGACCACUAUUAUUUUCAUUCAUAAGUUGUUUGUGUGGCAAACGUUCAACGCAAUUUCAACGGAAUUGCUAAUCAACUACAGGAACUUAUUUUUCGAAGGGCACUUCUGGAAAAUAAAGAGGUGUUGGUCUUCGGCCAGGGACAACACUACUGACUUCCGUCAUGUUUAUUCGCAAACCCUUAUCGAAAAUACUGUUCAUCACAAAGGUCAUGACAGGAUGGCCUUUGCUCUCUUCAGUGAGACCGUCGACCAUAUCUCUGUAAUCGGAAAGCGGGACCCAUUUUGCCUCGGAUAUUUCACAGGCUUGUGGAACAGGAGUCGGUAUGCUACCGUCGUCAUUUUCCUUUGGUAUUAGGUGACACACAAAGAAAAGGUCGCUCCUGCCAUUGGCGACGCCAUGGGUGUGACGGAAGGAUAAAAUACUUUGGCAUGUUGCCGUGAUCCCUGUUUCCUCCAGAACUUCUCUCACAGCCGCGUCGUGGAUGGAUUCUCCCAGAUCUGCUAGGCCGGUAGGGAUCUUCCACGGAUGGUAAUUUCUUCUUAGCUCUCGGAUGCACAAAAUUUCGUCCUUACUAUUGAUGACCACCGCCCCGACUCCUACAUGAUGGGUUGCAAACUCUGGAACCUUUGAUGGGAUGUCUUCUCGAAGCCAGGUAUUAAGUUUUGCGGUUGUACCCUGCGCGUGAUGGUAUUCGAACCCCAAAUCGGCAGCUUCGAUCUCUUCAAUCAGUCGAGCUUUCGCCAUCGGAACUUCCACCCAUAAGCUAGACUUCUCCAAUUCUCGGAGAACGCUAACCGUAUUCGCCAGCAAAGUGGAGAAGUUUUCUAGAUCAAAUGCAUAACUUUCGUCUUUGCCGUUGGUAGGUAUGGUCACCGUAGCAGAGUUGUGCGAGCUAUCGACGUACGGCAAUAUUUCUUUCGUUCGUCCCUCGUCACAACGUGAAUUUUCUGCCUCUACCUCGGUACUUUCCAUGCUUUGAGUCGAAUUUUCGGUGAUUGAUACCAUUGCAAGCGUGAGGGAAGUGAGAUGUAUUGCACGUGAUCCACAAUCCCGAGACUUGGGAGGAGAGAAAUUACAGUUAGACGAAAACGCGGUAACAAUGUGACCUCCAGUGAAUCUGAAACAACCGGUAAUGGAUGCUGUGCCGGCAUAUAGCAAGCUUGAUCCCAGUACACGGCUGAAUCUUAUCAUGAUAGGCGAACUCGUUAAUACUGAAUACAGUAAUCGUUUCUGA